AUGGCUGACAAACGGACUAAAAAACAAUCGAUGGCAAAUAAAUUGCAACAAAAAAAACGAUGUGUGACGCAGAGAAAUCGCGAAGACGUAUCAGACGAUCUUACCGACGCUUUCUCUGGUGUUAGUGGUCAAGUAGAAAUGAGACGUGGUCUCCGAUCCGGGAGGCGUAGGUCGAGGAGGAGCCGUCGCCGUCGGGGCAGGAGACGUAGCGUUAGUGGUACCGAAGAAGACGACUACGACACGGCUACAGAUACCGAAGAAGACGACGAUGACUCGUCAACGGUGGACGCGUCUUCCCGGAGGAGGUCGAGAAGGCGGCGGAGGGGCAGUCGGCGACGUCGCCGUCUAUAUCAGGCUAGUGGUAGCGACGACGAUGAUAACACCGACGCAGAGGCCACUGAUGCAGAGACCACAGAAGACGCUUCGUCGACCAUCGGCGGUGGUGGUAGCAUCCUCACGACGGCAGCCGCCGGGUGCUCAAACCCUUGUGGCAAACGUCGCCGGAGGAGGAGGAGGAGGAGGAGUAAGUGCGCGGCUAGACGUCCAAGAAGACGGUCAACGGGGUGCAAGAAGCGGAGGAGAAGAAGGAGAAGGAGAAGUAGUGGUAGUUGCUGUGUCACCGGCCUUAACAGUAGUGAGCGGAACAGCAGGCCGCAGAUACACAACGACGAAUAG